AACUUUACAAAUCGUCUAAUUACUACUCGAGUGGUGAAGUGAAAAUUGCAAGCUGAUAUAAUAAGAAAAGUUGAUAAAAAAUAGAAGUGAUUGCAGAAAAUAUUUGAAAAAGAAAUUUGGUCAAAGCACUUGAUGGUGCAUGCGUUGAAGUGACUCGGACGCAUUGCAAAACUCCAACUACGUGACUAAGAGCAUCAGUGGAACAAAGCUAUUGAUUCGUUUAUCAGCAAAUUGAACUUUGGGCCAACUGUUUCGAUCCAAGCAGACAGACUUACAAACGUGUGGCCUUUCGUACAGCAAUUAGUUUAUGUGCAUCCAAUACACGUAACAUGCGCUCCCUGGCCGACGAAACCAGGAAAUUAACGUUGAACAACAAUAACACCGUUGAACAACAAAGCACUCAGACUACUACUACUACCACCACAAAGGUAGUGACACAGUCGAAAAACUCCAAUAAGGCCUACAAAAUGCAACAGCAAGUCAACGUUACGAACAGCGCCACAUCAGGUGUCCUCCAAAAGCAGCAUCAGCAUCAGCAUCAACAACAACAACAAAACAAUAACUCUACGACAAUUACUUUGCCAAAGGCAUCACAUGCAAACACAAGCGAAGAAAUAGCCGGCGGCGUGCAGGACACCAUUUAUCUUUGUAACUUUCGCGUAUCCGUCGACGGCGAUUGGCUAUGCCUGAAGGAGCUGCAAGAUCUUGACAUUGGUCAGCAACAUAAUGGCGGCACGGCCAACUCCGCGGGCUAUGGUGCACAGCGUGGCACACAGUUGGGCCAAAAAAACAAACGCUAUUCGGGAAUGUCGAAUGGGCUGGAUGAUAAUGCUCGCGAUCCAGCCGAAAUUGAACGCAGUAAUUUGGUAAAUAUUUGUAAGCUCGUGGUGAAGGAGUUAUUGGAGCAAUCGUUGCGUUUCGGACGUAUGUUGGACUCUGACCAUCUACCGCUGCAGCACUUCUUCAUUGUAAUAGAGCACGUGUUAGGUCAUGGUUUGCGUCCAAAGAAGGGUCUUUUGGGGCCACGCAAAGAAUUAUGGGACCUGCUUCAAAGUGUAGAAAACUAUUGUCCUGAAUCGCAGGACAUAACAGCGAGUGUGCGAGAUCUUCCCACGGUGCGUACACAUAUAGGACGCGCUCGAGCUUGGUUGCGUAUAGCUUUGAUGCAAAAGAAAUUAGCUGAUUAUCUGCAAGCGCUUAUCGAGCAUCGAGACGAUUCGCUCUACGAAUACUAUGAGCCACAUGCGCUGAUGAUGAGCGACGAGAUUGUGGUCAUUAUGGGAAUCUUAGUGGGUCUAAAUGUGAUUGAUUGCAAUUUGUGCGUGAAGGAGGAAGAUUUGGAUUCACAACAGGGUGUUAUUGAUUUUUCGCUUUACCUGCGUUCGAGUUCGCGUAGUACCGAUAAUGAUGAGGAGAUCAAUCAGUCACUGGAGGCGAACGGUCAAGGCAAUAUGAUUGCGGUUUUGGAUCAGAAAAACUACAUUGAAGAGCUCAAUCGGCAUCUAAAUGCCACUGUAGGUAAUCUGCAAGCUAAAGUCGAAACUCUGACCACUACAAAUGCGUUAAUGAAGGAGGAUCUUGCGAUCGCACGUAACAGCCUAUUGGCCCUGCAAGCCGAGAAUCAGGCGCUUCGUCAAAGUGCGACCAGUUCUAAAGAUGUUCCUAUAUCCAAUGUCGAGGCCAGUCCAAACAAAUCGACGGAUAGAGCGAAUAAAGCCACGAUUGAGUCGCUAACAGCCGAAUUGAGUGAAGAGAAAAAGAAAAAUUUAGAGCUAGACAAGGAAUUGAAACUGCAAAUAUCACUCAAAGCUGAGUCUGAUAUGGCAAUGAAAUUGCUUGAGAAGGAUAUACACGAAAAGCAGGAUACGAUUGUAUCGCUGCGUCGACAAUUGGACGAUAUCAAGCAAAUUAACUUGGAAAUGUAUCGUAAAUUACAGGAAUGUGAAGACGAACUCACCCAAAAGGGUGAAAUGGUGUCACGACUACAAACCAAAGCUUCGCAAAUUGGCAAUAUUUUGCAGUCCUUAGAGAAAAAAUAUGAAAAUAAGUUAGAGCAACAACAACAGCUAGCUGGCCAUGCAGGUGGAGGAGGAGACAAAUCGCCCAGUACACGACGUCAACAAAAUCUACAAAAAUUUGAAGCACUCACCAAAAAACACCGCCAGGACAUCGGACCACCAGUAAAGCGUUUACAUCUAAAAGUCGACGCCAUACCGCCUUUCAAUCCUAACAAUUAUCGCAAAUCACCAUCGGCAUCCGUAGCACCCGAAAAAUUAGAGACUGAUGGUGAACUUAAAACACCAACUUCAGCGAAAUCGUUCACCGAAGUGGGUAAAUCGUAUCCGGAUAAACCGAUGGACACCUGCAAAAGUGAUUACACGCUCUCACAAGAGCAAAUGCAAAAUUAAAACGAUUGCAUUCAAUUAAUUGCAUUAAUUACAGUUUGAAUUUAAGCAUUUUUUGUUUAGUUUUCGUAUACAAUUUCGAAUUCGAAAAUCGAAACAUACCUACAUACAUAGUUCAAUGCUUUCUUAUCGAUUUGAAUGUCGGUAAUGCAUACACACAUCCAUACAUACAUACACAUAGCUGCCGCAAAGCCUUGAAGCCCCAGAACAAAUGCUGUAAAAAAAAUUCUGUCUAAAACAAAGCUUUGCUAAUGAAAAUGAAAAACUAAAUUUUUAACAUAUUUCACUUGGAUAGUAAACAGAAACAACAACACUAAUGUAUGUACGUACUAUAUGCAGAAAUUCUCUUUUCCAAUUUAUAUAUGUAUGUAUAUGUAACUGUGAACAGUAAUUACUAAUAUUCAUAUACAUAUAUAAAUAAUACUAAAGGCCUUUUUACUAUCUAGGAGGUGUUAAAAAGCGAAAUUAAAAACCUACAACAAUAAUAAUAUAUACAUAUAAAUACAUAUACAUAUAUAUAUCUAGAAUGUAUAGAAUAUAUAUAUAAUAGGUGUGUAAGUACAUACAAACAAACAUACAUACAUAUAUUAUUGUUGAAAAUAUGGAUGUUGAAGUAGUGCAACUGAAUCUGAAGGCGGCGACUCAUUUGAAUAUUUGCGGUCUAUUCAAAAGUACAAUAAGAAGUACAUAAAUAAAAUACCUGCGCAUAGACAAACCGAAAAGUUACUUAUAGACAAAAUCAAUCAGAAGAAAGUUGGAAUCAUAUACUUUACUUAUACAUACAAUUAUACAUAGUUACAUACAUACAUACAUAUAAUAUUAGCAUUUAGAGAAAGCUGUAGCCAGUGAAUUUAAGCUUUUUUUUCGAAUCCAAACGGUUUUAGAUAAAUUUUGCUUGAAAAUUUACGAGCAAACGCAUGUACACUUGUGCUCACAUAAUUAAGUCACUUCAUUUUUUUGCAAUAUUCGAAAUCUAUUUCGUGCUAAUGGUAGCGACAGGCUAAUCACCUACCCUGCCAUAAAACAAAAUAGAUUAACGAAACCAACGCAAGACUGAGUCUUGUCGAGGACCUAUGCUCCUGAGUGCAGUGAACAUAGAAAAAAAAGUCGUGCUCAUUUUUUAUGAAAAUUUUUUAUAGUUCAUUCUACAACAAUGAACUUCAAAAUUCAUAAAUCAAAGCUCCAAACUUUGUGCAAAAUUCACAAAAGUUUAACGAAUUUCAAAAAAUUAUCAUACACAUUUUCAACUUUGUAAUCAAUGUAAUCUUUAGCAAACUUUUGGAUAUGCAAAUUAGUACAUCGAACUGGAAGUUUGAAGUCGCUCAAAACUCGCGUCGAUCUUUGACAAUUUCUUUCAGAUAAAAGCCUUUCGAACGUGCGCUUUUUUCAACUCUAGCAGUAUGGAAAUAAGUACAUUAGGGUGACCGCUAUUUCUGAAAUUGUUGAUAUUAUUCGGUACAACCUCUAGAAAUGUUAAGUUACCCAAAAAAAAAAUACUAAAUAUGAAAUACAGUAGAAACUUGAUUCUCGCAAGUACUGAGGUUGCUUUUCCAUACAAAUUUAAAUAGUCUUUUUUUACUGAUAGCAAUCCAAGUUAAUUUGAUAAGUUUCAUUUGAAAUUAAAGAAAUUUUCGAUUUUGGUUUGUUUUGCACACACUCUCUUGUACCACCUGUUUCUGAGCUUCUGCAGUGUCACAACAUAGUUUAAGCAAGCAUUGUUUUGCUCUGCCCAAUCCAAGCAUAUAUUGGAAGCUGAUAUAUCCUCCUCCAAUGUAAUUUUAUUCGUAUUUAGCAUCACGUCGUUAGUUCAUCACUGACUGUCUUCGUUCACCGACUGUCUUCUUCACCGACUGUCUUCUUCAGGUUCAACAAUUCAUUGCUCCAUUUCAUAUUUAGAUACUUGCAGCAAAGUUGGAAUGAAUUGAAUAUUGGAUGUAUCAUCGGCUAUCUGUAAUCCGAAAGAGGAAUGAUAUCGUCCCAAUCCCAGUCAGACGCUUUUUCAAUCUGUUUUUGAAACAACGAUUGUAUUGAAGUUUCUAGCUAAAAAACAUAUUGCAUUUUUCAGGUUGAUACUUGGCAGUAACUCAUCGAUCCAUGGGCUGUAUUAGAGCCGUACAGUUUGGAAGCCAGACUCAUCGGCAUUGUAUAUCUGUUCUUUUAUCAAACUUAAAUCCAUAAUUGUUUUGUUAAAUUUGUUCAAAAAUAGGUUUAUGGAGUCACUCUUAUUUGACAGUUUUUCUCCGAAAAUUUUUAGCCAUCGCAUUUCUUGUCUCUUUUUAAAAUUUGCAAUCCAACCAUGGCUAGCGUGUAGCCCUCCAGAUUUAUCCUGAAUUUCGGCAUGCAAUAAUUUGGCUUUCUCUUUUAACAUAUCACUUUUAAUUGGUAAAUUUGUGUUCCUUUGAUCCGCAAACAAAUUGAAGAACGCCUUUUCUUUUAGAAACUCAGAAAUUCUGAAACCUUAUGGGUUUUCCUUUUAUCUGGGCCGGAUUCAGGUCGCGUAACAAACUUCUUUAAGGAGUGUUCUUUUUUUUUAGUAUGAGUUAUUGUGAUCUAUGCACGUGGAAAUUUUUAGCUAGAGCAUUAAUGGAAAUCCUCGCAUUUAGUUUGUUCAGAAUGUCAGCUUUUUCUUUUAUUGUAAGUAGCGUAAAUUUUCGCUUUGCCUUUAGACGGCACUUCCGCUGAAUUCAUUCAGCUGAUUCAAUUCAAAAAAUGUCAUUACCAGAAUGCCAUCGACGGUACUUCCCCGAGCUUUAUCCUCAAAAAUUCAUCUUAAACAGAGCAAAAGAUAAAGAUGAAUAAAAAAAAUGUUGAAGUAUCGAGGUAAAAACUUUCUAAUGUAGCGAGCACUGAAUACGCAAUGUGAAAAAAAUUGUGUCGCAAGUAUAGGGUUUCUACUGUAUUAAGCCAUGCAGAUAAGGUUUAGAGUAUCCGAAUUGAGCCUGAAGUUCUAAAAAAUAGUAUUUUUUUAAGUAAAAUAUUAUAGUAUAAAAAUAUUUCCUACGACUUUUCUUUAUUUUUCAAACAACACUGCAAGUUUCACGUUUUUAAAACCCUAUUAAUGCCCAGAAUCGUGAGGUAAAUAAUGAUUUUAAAGUACAUAUAUUAAAAGACGAAGCUAAUCAGUGAAAUGUACUGAAAUUACUAAGCUUAGUCUAGGUAGGUAGCUUAGUAGGUGUGGCAGUCGUGCAAACCCAUUGAUCUGGCUGACACUUGUAUCCCUAAGGUCAUCGGUAUCAUUCAAGAACGAAGAGCCAAAGUAUCUUAACCCCGUGGAAUGCCACGCAAGACAGUGGCAGAGAAGAUGUCUGACAGACUCUUCCUCCCCCUCAUGGUUGCAGCUUCUGCAAUAGUCCGAAUGUUGUACGUUGGCCUAGGAGACAGAGGCCUGUGAUCAAAGCAACCAAUAUAGAGACGUUUUUCCUUGACCGAUGAAAUAACGCCUUUGAGUGCUUGACGCCCCGUUUUGGCGAAAUUCUUUUUGUAGCGUUACAUGGCAGACUAUCAACCCAUCUCGUGUUGGGGUUGUAGUUUGUACGUUGAAAGCUGUUUGUAAGUUGAGAGGGGUAUACCUACAAUCUUCAUACCAA